CGAACUUAAAAGCUUAUCGGCCGGCUGCGCCGGUUGCCGCAUGAUAGGCGUUUUUUGAAAACAAGAAUUUUCUUACAGAAACAUGAAUCGCGAACGUGAUGGAGUCUGUUGAAAAAGUUAAAUUGAAUACUCUAAACUGAAUCCAGUGGAUCGAUGAAUUAUGACGGUUUUGCGUAUAUGAACUAUGUAGAAACGAUUGAUGAUGGGUGUAUUACAUGAAAUGCUGCUCGUGCACUGAACUUGUUGACAGAGAUAAUAAUAGUAAAAUCAAUAAAGUGAUGUGCAGUGGAGCUGAACGAUGCUGACAGUAAACUGCUGAAGAUGUGCUUAGGUCCUGUUGAAAACUUUGCCGAGAAAAUAACGACCAAAACAGAUGAACACAUUCAGCGACAGUUCUCCUAGUAGCGCGAAAUGUUAAAAGAAUCGACAGUUUCACGAUGUCCAACUGGUCGAAUUUACCGCCGAAAGCUUUGUUUACCAUUGUCAAAAGACUGUCCGUGAGGGACCAGAAGUCGUGCACUCUAGUGUGUAGUAAGUGGAAUCGUACCGUUGCAGAUAUUCUACCGAGUUCCGUUAGAAUAUGCCUGUCCAAAUGGCUAAAAAAAGAAGAGAAUUCGUAUGGCUAUCAAUUAUUGGACGAAAACAUCCUUCGGUGCUCCAAACGGCGCUAUCACUAUGUGGAGGUAUCCUGGAGCAGUGACUGCACGGUAGAAUUUAUGAGUGCCCUGAGUAGAAUGCUGAGAUCGGUCUUUAAUUUUGCUCUCCGACAUUUGAUAGUUAAUGCAACGCCCGAUGAAAAGCUGUCCGAGCUAUUCCAAGAGCAUUCCCAGAUACUAAAUCACAUAACAGAACUUACGGUUCUGAUAGGCUGUCCCUUUGAACAAUAUGGCGAUACUCGGUGGCAGGAACGCUACUUUCACGUCAGCUUCAGUAACCUGCGUUACCUUGAAUGGGUCGAAAAGUCUAUGGGAAACAUCCGCAAGGGAGAGCAAAUUUUCAUCAUCACCGCACCACAGCUAGAGUUUAUAAAAUUAGCAACUUUCUCCAAUUGGACGUGCUUUUUCGCUCUUAAUUUCGCAAGCUGUGAGUCCUUAAAAUCGGUGAAACUAGAACUGCCGAACAGGGUUUGGCCCACUUUUCCGAACCUAUCGUUUAACAAAUUGGAUCAGCUUGUUUUCACGGAAAGGUCCAAAAUACUUGGUAUCCCUCCGGUGCAGUACGGUGAGCUGGCGGCGAAGAUGCCGAACCUGACAUUCGUUCAAAUGGAGAUCGUCGAAAAUAGUAUUUUCGAUGCAUUUUGCGAGCACUGUCCAAAUCUGCGCACUAUGCAUGUAUAUCAAUUCGUGCUCAGUGCUUAUUCGUUCUCUAAUAUCGUAAAGUUGAAGAGUUUGAAGAACUUGGCCCUAUCGAAUGGGAGGAUUGUUGACGCCGAUCGUAGCAUUGAUUUUACUACACUGCAGGGACUACACUUGGGUAAGAACGUGGUUGUCGAGGGAAAUUUAAAGAGUUUCCCUCUGAAUCUUUCCAGCUCGCUCAAUGAAAGAAUCAAGCGGAUUAAGCGACUGGUAGGAGAUAAGUGGGUUGUGUUCUAUGAAACAAUCUAACUGACAGUGGUAAUACACCAUCCAACAAUGAAUGCUGACAUGAUGGCGGACAUCGUUAGAUACAUUUUAUAUUACUAUAAACACCUUUUACCGAUGAUCAAAAUUAAUAUUAAACAGCUUGUUCAAUUUAAGCGUAUAUCUCGAGAAAUGCAUGUAAAUAAAACUUGAACUAUAUGUAUACAA